AUGACUGAUUCGGAGACGUCUGUUUACGUGCUUACCUGGUUGAUAAAAUGGUAUGAGCGUGGAAAUGUUGCAUUCGUUACUUUUUGGCGUGCUUCUAAUCGCAUCCUUCUACUCCUCUGCUCUCUUCAGAAAGUUAAGGUUCUAACUCGAACCGCGUCGGAUUAUACUCGUGAGACUACUCACGACAUUCACAAAAUCAAAAGGAACCUAGAUCCCAGCCUGCACCCUUUUGAAAAGGCUCGCGAAUAUACCAGAGCCCUUAAUGCUGCCAAAUUGGAGCGUAUGUUUGCCAAACCUUUUGUUGGCGCAUUGAGUGGUCACACCGAUGGUGUAUAUUGCAUGGCCAAGCAUCCUAAAAAAUUAACAACCAUUAUAUCAGGAAGUGGUGACGGAGAACUAAGGAUUUGGGAUUUAUCCGAAAGAACCACCGUUUGGAAGGUUGCUGGACAUAAGAGCAUCGUCAAAGGCGUCUGCUGUGGUCCAAGAAACGAUCUCUAUUUUUCAUGCGGGACAGACAAAACUGUUAAGAUUUGGAAUCCUGAGCAGUCUGGCGAAGAGCCCGUGAAUACUUUUAUCGGGAAAUUUUCUUUUAGUGCAAUAGACCAUCAUCGCUCUGAUUCAAUAUUUGCCACGUCCGGUUCACAAGUUGAUGUCUGGGAUCAUAAUAGGUCGGACCCUAUCAAGACAUUCACGUGGGAUGCGGACACAAUCAAUACCGUUCGAUUCAAUCAAACUGAAACAAAUAUUUUAGGAGGAUGUGGCACGGACCGAACAAUAAUACUUUAUGAUAUCAGAGUGGGCUCGCCAUUGGCAAAAUUGGUCAUGCAGAUGAGAACAAAUUCUAUUGCCUGGAAUCCUAUGGAAGCUUUUAAUUUCACGGCCGCCAACGAGGACCAUAAUUGCUACACAUUUGAUAUGCGCAAAAUGGAAUGCGCGUUAAAUGUUCUCAAAGAUCACGUUUCGGCCGUACUGGAUUUAGAUUACUCUCCGACGGGUGAAGAAAUAGUCACCGGAGCGUACGAUAGGACCCUUCGAAUCUUCAACGCACGUAAAGGACACAGUCGCGACGUGUAUCACACCAAGAGGAUGCAACGUAUCUUUUGCGUAAAAUAUAGCAUGGACUCAAAAUAUGCACUCUCUGGUUCAGACGAUGGUAACGUUCGACUUUGGAAGGCGAACGCGUCCGAAAAAAUUGGUCCGACGGACUACCGAGAACGAGCAUCUCUGGAAUAUGCAGACAGACUAAAGGAGAGAUAUAAAAAUUUACCAGAGGUCAAAAGGAUAUUGAGGCACCGAAAUAUUCCAAAAGCAAUUAAAAAUGCACAGAGGACCAAGCGCAUUAUGCUCCAAUCUCAAAAACAAAAAGAAGAAAAUUUGCGUAGACAUUCUAAAAAAGGUUCGGUGCCCCAUCAGGUGGAAAGGAAGAAGUCGAUCGUUGGUGCCACCAAGUAG